AUGCCGAGGCAAUUCUCAUCAACACUUUCUCCGAUUAUUUCUGGCUGCCGUUUGGACGGAGAAGACAUCUUCUGUAUAUGUCCACCUAGACGUGUACUUUAUCGCAAAAUGGCAUCGAACAGUACAAGUGCCAACAAUUUGGUAGAUGAUUCCAAAGUAUCACUGAUAGAUGCGGUUCGAGAGGCAAAUCUAGCCAGUAGUGGGAAUAAUAAUAAUGGAUUGAGUGGUGGAGCUAUCGCUGGUAUUGUUAUUGCAGUUGUGGUUGGUGUUCUGCUCAUCGCUGUUCUGGGAUUCUUCGCCUUCAGAUACAUCAAGGAUCGCAGGAAAAACCACGGCGAGUACCGUCCACAGUUUGAAGAGCAACAUCACGCCAAAGAUCUACCGUACCUGCAGCCACCAAACCUGGAGGGUCUAAUCUGA